AUGGCCGAUAUUGGAUUCUCAGAGGAGAAACUUUCGAAGAGCAUUGGCUCUUCAGGCAUCAACGUCGCAAAAGAGCUCAACAAUGCGGUCAAGCGCUACAACGACGCGAACACAGAUGCAAAAUUCAUCGUCAGAUGGUAUCCAUCUACACUGCGCGUCACAAUAGUCGGCUCGAGACAGUUAGACGAUCAGCAGAUCAAAUGGGCAUUCAUAGAAAGCUCAGGGUUGGGAUGGAAGCUUACGUUAUGGCAGAGAGAUGGAAACGGAGACGCAGUUUUGAGACUUGUUCCUAAGCCAUCAAUGCCCUACUGA